AUGGCAGGUGAUUAUGACAUCGCCCUAGUUUCCGAGCCAUACACCGGCUCGGGUUUAGAAGUCAAAUCGGUACUUGGAAUCGACACCUUCCAAUUUUCUCAGGGCAACAGGGUAAAGGCCUGCAUCCUGGCCAAACCAGGACGCAGGUCCAUUCUGGGACUCUCUAAGCAUUCAUCAUCAAACCUCUGCGCAAUCCGACUCACAAUAGGAAGUCGGAAUAUUCUCCUCGCAUCCGUAUAUGUCGAACCGAACACAGAUCAGUGCCAAACAUUGGACCGCCUAGACGCCUUUCUUAAGGCCACAGACGGUUCCCCGAGGUUGGUAGGGGGCGAUCUCAAUGGGUGGCACCCCAUAUGGGGGAGCGAAAGGAGCAACCCCAGAGGCUGCGAAAUCGUCGACUUAAUUAAUGGAAAUGACAUGUUCGUAUGCAACGUCGGGAAAACACCCACCUUCGAGACAGUAACCCACGGGCGAGAUCGGUCCUCUAUAAUAGACAUCACUCUUGCUUCCGGAUCCAUCGUAGAUCACAUCUGCGAAUGGCAGGUGAACUUGAACGCCUGUCCAACAUCACAACACAAUGCAAUAGAUUUUACAAUAAACUUUAACUCGAAUCAAUCAAAACACACACACCAAAACUCAACAUUCUUAUACAAAUCUAAAAAAGCACGUUGGCCAAUCUUCAAGGAUACAUUACAAACUCAAAUGACACUCACAGACUUACUAAACAAAGACAUACCCACUCUCAACUCCGAGAACCUUGACCAAACAGUAGACGAACUUACAGAAAUAAUUCACCGAGCCUGCCGGGCUAGCAUGCACACCUCUCGCGGAGGGACCAAACCGAAGGCGCCUUGGUGGACGGAGGAACUGGAGACGCUUAAAAGAAGCGUCAUAAACAUUCACCGCCAGCUUCAUGCCGCCAAGCGUCAGAAUUUACCUCUACAUGACUUGAUCGAUCAACAGAAAUUAUUAAAGGACAGCUACGCACAAAAACUAAGAGAUGAGUCGACCAAGCACUUUCGCGAAUUUUGUGAAUUGCAAACUAAGGAAAAUGUCUGGUCACUUACCAACAGAUUGCUCAAAGUUACUUCACCCAGGCGCCCACCUGCCACCCUAGAUGUAGGAGGUAGGCACACUGCCAAUGCUGAGGAAACAGCAAAAGCACUUAUUAACCAUUUCUACCCUGAUGACCAACCCGACUCCUUACCCCGACACCAACAACUAAGAUCUCAACUCUCAGAACCUUCACAAUCCCACGACGACCCACCUUUCACCGAGGAGGAAGUGUUGGAGUGCCUAAAACAGAUGAACCCCAACAAGGCCCCUGGACUUGACAACUUAACUUCUGACAUAUGCUACCAAUUUGCAACUGAUUACCCCAAAUUACUUACAGAUAUAUUAAAUCGUUGCCUCACACUUCAGCACUUCCCUAAUCGGUGGAAGGUGGCCUACGUUAAAAUCAUUCCCAAACCGGGCAAGCCAGACUACAGCACCCUCGACUCUUUUAGACCUAUAGGACUGAUACCUGUGUUUGGGAAGCUUUUGGAGAAACUGUUCAUCAGGAGAAUUACAUACAGGGCCCAGACUAAUAACAUGAUGAACAAAAACCAAUUUGGUUUUAGAGAACAGACGAACACGUGCGAAGCCAUCCACACUGCCCUCAGCAAGAUAAAAGAUGCCAAGUCACACAAUCAACUGUCUAUAGCCAUAUCUCUAGACAUCAAAGCAGCCUUCGACAACGCCUGGUGGCCCUCACUCUUCCACCGGUUGCGGCACAUCAACUGUCCAAAUAACAUCUUCGGAUUAGUCCAGGAUUACGUUCGCAAUCGGGAAGUCAUACUUGACCAUGCGGGGGAGCGGGCCACCAAGACGAUGUCCAAGGGCUGCAUUCAGGGCUCCGCGUGUGGACCCAUUUUGUGG